AUGCAUUAUCAACAUUCACAAGCUUCGCUUUGCAAAUUGCUUUUCAGACGCUCUUUCAAUGGUUCUCCAAAGCUCUUUUCCCUCAACUCGCUCACAACGAGUCUGGCUCAGUGCGUUUCAGACUCAGCUCCAUUGCCGAAACCCAAGACUCCUGAGCUUCUUCUUCACAAACCCACCACAAAUUCCCCCCAUUUUCUUCACUUGACGUUCUCAAACUCACCGUCCCAGUUCAUAAAUCGUCAUAAUCUGAGACAAUUCAGCGGUGGGGCGGAUGGGUUUGAUCAGAACAAAGAGGUGGACAUGAUCAACCUCAAGUUUGCAGAGGCAAGGGAGGAGAUAGAGAUGGCCAUGGAGUCCAAAGAGACUGUUUAUUUUGAUGAAGAGGCUGAGUGUGCUCGAACUGCUGUGAAGGAAGUGCUGGACCUGUUUGAUGGGCUAUUGGCUAAGUCGCCGGAGGACAAAAAGGCAGCAUUGCAGAGGGCGAUGGGGCUCAAGAUUGAGCAGUUGAAGGCUGAGCUGAAACAGUUGGAUGAGUGA